CUGCGUCACACUGUGUGUCAAAAACAGUGAAAAAAGGCAUGAUUAUAACUCUUUUUUGAAAAAAUUGUAUAUAAAUUAAGGAAAAAAGCUUUAAAAACACACCAAAAUGGGGAGUCGAUUACCUCCCAUGCCCAAAAUAUCUGAAAUUGUAAAAUUGUACAAACUGAGUGCAACAAAAAAGCUUUCUCAGAACUUUCUUCUUGAUAUGAAUGUGUGUCAUAAAUUUGUCCAGUGCAUAUCAGUGACAAGAGGAACUCAUAUUUGUGAAAUAGGACCAGGGCCAGGGGGAAUAACAAGGGCUUUACUGGAAAGUGAUGCAUUGAAAGUACACGUAAUUGAAAAGGACCCAAGGUUUAUUCCACCUCUUGAGAUUUUAAAAGCAGCCUCUGGAGGCAGACUGGAUGUACAUCUUGGCGAUGCUCAGAAGUAUGACAUAGCUAGUAUAUUUCCAUCAAAUUAUGCAAGGCCGUGGCUCCGAAAUAUCCCUAGUAUGAACAUAGUUGGAAAUUUGCCAUUCAAUGUGUCUCUUGGACUAUUACUUCAGUGGUUGAAACAAAUUUCAAACAGAAGUGGUCCAUGGCAACAUGGGCGUAUUCCUUUGACUCUCACUUUUCAGCAUGAAGUAGCAGAAAGACUGUUGGCCAAUAGAAACUCUCCACAUAGAUGUAGAAUGACAAUUAUGUGCCAGCACUUGUGCAAAGUUCGUUACAGAUAUCGUAUCCCAGGAAAAGUUUUUGUGCCACCUCCAAAAGUCCACACAGCAGUUGUUUAUUUAGAACCUUUGAGAAUACCCCUUAUAAAUCAACCAUUUUCAGUGGUGGAAAAAGUCACGGCUACCAUAUUUCACUACCGACAGAAGUACAUCAAAAGGGGGGCACAAGACCUGUUUCCUCCUAGCAUGGAAGGUCUUGUGGAUGAACUUUUCAAGUUAUCAGAUGUGGACCCCACACACCGCUCCUUCUCGCUCACAAUGGAGGAAUGGGGCAGAUUGUGUGACACGUAUGCAGACUUUUGUAAUGAAUACCCAGGAUUACUGGACUAUAACUACAGAGACCCCAGUACCAGACACCUCCCAGAAAAAACAGUUCCCUUCUCACUAAAUGUGGCAGAUCUAAAAUAAAUGUUUUUCAGACA